AUGGAAGACUCUCAACACAGUGAGGAGCAGCGAAGCACAGAUCUUCUCUUGUCAACCUGUACAGCAUUAGGUGGUCUUGAAGAAGUAGAGCUCCCAAAUGGGGAACUAAAAACAGUUUAUGCUGUGGGUGAUGAGGCACUUGCAUGUCUUAAGGAUCUUAAGAGAUUCAUUCGGGCGGAUUCUGGAAAUCCCCACAAAUUCGUACUUCACACUCUCGGCACCUUCAACGUGCUCGAAACAGAUAUAGUCCCAAUCAUUCUUACACAUGCCAAUCAAAAUACUGACAUUGCAGAACGUUACAUUCUGGCAUGCAUUGAACUGCUUGUUCCAAUGACAUGGCCGUUGGAUACUGCCGAUGAAGAAGAGGAGGAUUCUAGAGAUCCAAAUGAGCUCAAUUUGCUUAGAAAGUACAAAAAGGCACUUUUGGUACCUGGAAUUUUUGAUGCUAUAUUAUCAGUCAUAAUCAAACCCUUGCGAAUUCCCUUUAAUGAACGAUCCGUACGAGAUCAAACAGUCAUUCGACUGGUACUUUAUUUCCUGCGCAAUCUGACAGCUAUUCCAGACGCUAUUGCAUCGUAUGAUGCAUCAAGUGAGACAUGGACAAUGACUUCUAUGCAAGAAGAGCUUUUGAUAUGUUUCUGUGAAUCUAAAGUGAUUGAACUCUUGUUGACUAUCAGCUCAACAAGUAUUGCUUCAGAUUCUUCAGAGUGGAAUGUAAUUGUUCUGGAGAUACUGUUCAAUCUUCUUGAACAUGCUAGUCCAAACGAUGUAUUUAAAGAAGAUAGAGGGCGAAAGAAUGGGAGUGCAACUUCAGAACGGUUAGAAGAAAUACUUUGUAAAGAAAAGGACGCCAAUAGUAUCUACAGCCGAAAGAAGUCUUCUAGACAUAGUCGUUUUGGUAGUAGCUACACUCUCAAAGAUUGGGAGUCGCACAAACGCGUGUUUCACACUAAAGAAGCGGGAUAUGCUAAUCUAGGAGAGCUUAUUGAUGCGAAUAAAACGCACAGUCGGCGUGGAAAGAAACGAAAGGCAAUGAACGAGUUUGAUGGUUCACGAGCAACCUAUCGCAGUAAUCGUGCAUUGACCUAUCUCAAACAAACAGCGCAGUCUUUUUUAGAAUCUUGUUUCAAUGAGUUCUACACUUCGUUGAUCAAGGAUAUAGAACGGGAAAACAAAAAGGUUGUCGAGAAGGAUCACAAACGAUUCUUCUUUACAAUGCGUUGGUUCCUUGAAUAUCUUUGUCUUGAACAGGCUGUUUUUAAAGCACAAAAGGCUGAAAAGCCUCGACCUCCACCUGAUAGUACAUCUAUAUUUUUACCAAAUUCCUCAACAUCUAUCGCAAAAUUGAACGUGGGAGGAACGGAAGACGAACGGCCACAAUUUGACUUUAAUCUUAUAGCAUGUUCAAUGGAUCUUCACACAUUUUUACUUUGCUUGCGAAGAUUACGCAGAACAUUAGAUGACAAACUAUGGGUUGAUGUUCAAGUUACUGCGGAUUGUCUUCGACAGAUGAUGAUAUGUAUCAACAAUAUGUCAAAUGACUCAGUUCCUGAAUAUCGCGAAGUAGCAGAUUAUAUCCAAAGUAACAUCUACCACGAGCAAUCCUCUUUUGACCUCUUUGUUGAUCUUAUUAGACGUUACAAAGACCAAUCUUAUGCCUAUUUAGAAUCUGUUGUAAAACUCACUCAUGUUAUGCUCAAACUACUUGAACAAUUCUCAAAGAAGAAACAGGUGAUGUUUAUUAGGAAACCAAAAAAGUCAAACAAGUCAAACAAGUCAAACAAGCAGAAUAGCAACGAAAUCCAUGACGAAAAUGAUCCGAAUUUGGAGAGUGAUGUAGACGAGCGUGAGGAGGAGAGAGAUCGUGAGAUUGCUAGUAGAGAACAUAUUUUCAAGUUUGAUUCUUUUGAACUAAAAUAUGCCUCAUAUGAUGUUGUUAGUGUGUACUGUAUCCUUUUGGAACAGUACCAAACAAUGGAUCCACAAAUAGUACAGUGUAUUACCAGUCUUUUCCACAGAAUUAUGGUAAAAAUAAAAGCCGAGCACAUUUUCUUCAAGUUACCUGUACUCGACCUUUUCAACCGCAUUCUCCACGACGCCCCUGUCCUACCCAAAAACUCGGCAAAUCAACAGCUUUUCCAGUUUAUUCGUUACUGUGUACGACAAUUUGUUCAACGAGCCGAGGUUUAUUCUCCCCUGUUUACCGAAGUUGUUUUCAAAGGGAAACCUUACGGACAGCCUGGCAGGACAGCCUAGACAGCCUAAAAGUAUGCGAUAUCACCCAUAAUAAGGAGUUUAAGGGCUAUACAUAUUUUUUUGUGUCGGGGUCAGACUUUGCAGCAAUCUUACGGUAACCACGUUCCUGGUGGGGUACGAUAUUUCUAUCUAACCGGACUAAUCAAUUCUGGCUACAUGUCCGGAGACCGGCGGCUUUAUCUAAUCCUUUAGGGAAAAAUAGUGUGUCCUCAAAGAAAUACAAUAUAUUCAUUGUACGCAUUAGCUUU